ACAAAUGGCAAGUGAAUGUCUGUGUCGGGAAGCGGGUGUCAGAACGGGAACGAGGCUUUUUCCUUGCGUUUCUCUCAUGAACGUGCCGUGAUAUUGCGGAAGGCGUGAUUGGUGCGAGUGAUUGGCGAGAGCGUGUGAGCAACAUCCUGGCAAUGUGACAUAUGUGCGGCAUAGAAACGUGUGGCACCGGCAGCGGCUCGUCUGUCUGUCUGUCUGUCUGUCUGUCUGUCUGUGUUACCACAUGCCCGUCGCUUCCUACCUCACUUGCCUAUACGAGUAAGUGACCUAUUGAGUUGUUUAGAAGAAAACAGGAACUGGGCAGCAGCAAAGCCUGUGUGACCGGCUCACAAUCACCCCCGUGUGUCUCUAGACUGACUGCUCCAAUGAGAGGCACAAUGAUAAAGCAGUGGAUGAGGUUUCCAUAAUAAACGGAGUAAUGGCGGGUUAUGCACAGAUCUAGUUUUGGUGAAGAAGAAAUUAUCUUGGAUACAGCUACUAUCUGGCAUGAAAGGGAAGGACAUCUAUGCCAAGGGAGAGAUGGCAUCCCCAGCUUGACUAAUGACAGACUCCUAUUCACCUUCCAUUCUGCCAUUUGAACCACUGCCUGGUUGCCAAGGUCAGUGCAUCCUUCUUCCUUGAUCAUGCUGUUCAGAUAGUACUUAACUUUGCACAAUGCCUCCUAUAACGGACCACACGGACAUCUGGACAGCAGAUACACCGCUUCCUCCAGAUAUCUGUGUGGACAUCUUGCUUCCCACUGGUAUAUAUGUGCAGAUGGAAGUCCCAAGGAAUGCAUCCAUAUCUCAUAUUAAACAGCUCCUUUGGAAGCAUGCACAGAGCUACCCUCUGUUUCAUCUCCUCCUGGAGAUUGACACCUAUAUGUUCCAGUGUGUUAAUCAGACAGCUGUGCAUGAAGAGCUAGAGGAUGAGACUCGCCUUCUGUGUGAUGUUCGCCCAUUCCUGCCUGUUUUGAAAUUGGUAUCCCGAAGCUGCAAUCCUGCAGAGAAGUUAGAUUCAAAAAUAGGGGUUCUGAUAGGAAAAGGUCUCCAGGAAUUUGAUGCCCUUAAAGACAAUGAGGUAAUAGAAUUCCGCAGCAAGAUGAGGAGUAUCAGCGAGGGGAAGAUCCAAUCCCUGCUUGGCCUAACAUGGAUAGAGUGGCUAAAGUGUACAUUCCCCCCAGAACUAGAGCCCUCUGUACAGGAUAACAUCCAAGGCAAGCUCUAUGGUGGCAACAUUGUAGUGGCCAUUCAUUUUGAGAACUGCCAGGAUGUGUUCAGUUUUCAAGUGUCCCCAAACAUGGCUCCUGUCAAAAUAAAUGAACUUGCUAUUCGAAAGCGUCUGACUAUCCAUGGCAGAGAGACUGAAGGGGUAGAUCCUGAGGAUUAUGUGCUGCAGGUCAGCGGAAGGAUGGAAUACGUUUUCGGGGACCACCCUUUAAUUCAGUUCCAGUACAUCAGAAACUGUGUGAUGAACAAGACUCUGCCACAUCUAACACUGGUUGAGUGUUGCAACAUCAAAAAACUGUUUGACCAAGAGAUGAGUGAGAUUGAGCAUGCUGUGAGGAGAAAGUCAUCCUUGCACCCAGCUCUUCCAAUGCCCUUGCCACCAAAGAAACGUGGUGCAUCAGUGAAGACUCUGAAUAUGCGGGAUAUUGUGUGGAAUAUUGUACAACCAUACAAGAUCAUUUUGUCCAGAGGGAGUAGGCUUAACACAGAGGACAAUGUUUUGGUGCGAGCUGGCCUGUUCCAUGGCACAGAGCUGCUGUGUAAACCCACAGUGAGUUUGGAAAAGCAAGGAAAGAAUGAUCAUGUUUGGAACGAGAUACUGGAAUUUGAAAUCAAUGUGUGUGACCUUCCACGAAUGGCACGUCUCUGUUUUGCCAUAUACGCGGUUUUGGACAAGCCUAGGAACAAGAACAAAACCAAACCUUCCAAUCCCAAAUAUCAGACUAUUAAAAAGUCUGGCAAAAUGAACUUCCCUGUGGCCUGGGUGAACACCAUGGUGUUUGACUACAAAGGGCAGCUGAGGUCUGGCGAUAAUGUAUUGCACUGCUGGUCAUCAUUCCCUGAUGAACUUGAAGAAAUGCUAAACCCUAUGGGAACAGUGCGAACCAAUCCUUACACUGAGAAUGCUACAACUAUACAUAUAAAGUUUCACGACUACUCCAAAGAACCCAUUUCUUAUCCACCAUUUGAUAAGAUACUUGAAAAAGCUGCUGAAAUUGCACGGAACAGUGACAGCCUGUCUACGACGGGACGUGGUGGGAAAAAGUUUAAUAUUGAACUCAAGGAGAUCAUGGAACGGGACCCUCUGUGCCAGUUGUGUGAGAAUGAGAAAGAUUUGAUCUGGACCUUGCGGUACGACUGUAGAGAGAACUUUCCCGGCUCACUGCCCAAGCUUCUCUUGUCUGUCAAGUGGAACAAGCUGGAGGAUGUGGCACAGCUUCAAGCUCUUCUCCAAAUCUGGUCCAAACUACCCCCAAGGGAUGCCCUGGAGUUGCUUGACUUUAACUAUCCCGACCAGUAUGUGAGGGAAUAUGCAGUCAACUGUCUUAAACAUAUGAGUGAUGAGGAGCUCUCCCAGUACCUACUGCAGCUGGUGCAGGUUCUGAAGUAUGAGCCGUUUCUGGACUGUGCCCUCUCCCGUUUCCUCCUACAGAGAGCCCUGGACAACCGCAGGAUAGGACAAUUCCUCUUCUGGCACCUGAGGUCUGAGGUCCACAUCCCUGCCGUCUCUGUGCAGUUUGGCCUGUUGCUAGAAGCGUACUGCCGAGGGAGCGUGGCCCACAUGAAAGUGCUGUCUCGACAGGUGGAGGCUCUGAAUAAAUUGCGUACAUUAAAUGGUCUAAUCAAACUGAAUGCUGUGAAGCUGAGCAAGGUCAAGAACAAAGACACCAUGCAUACGUGCCUGAGGGAGAAUGCCUACAAGGAGGCGCUGGCGCACAUUCAGUCACCACUUAACCCCAGCAUCACCCUCUCUGAACUUGUUGUAGAGAAGUGCAAGUACAUGGACUCUAAGAUGAAGCCACUCUGGAUUGUGUACAACAACCGCGGAUUUGGCAGUGACUCUCUUGGAAUCAUCUUUAAAAAUGGGGAUGACCUGCGUCAGGACAUGCUGGCACUUCAGCUGCUGCGGCUGAUGGAUAUGCUGUGGAAGGAGGCUGGGCUGGACCUGAGGAUAGUGCCUUAUGGCUGUCUGGCAACUGGAGAUCGCUGCGGUUUUAUAGAGGUGGUGUCAGCUGCAGAUACUAUUGCAGACAUCCAGCUGGACAGCAGCAACCUUGCAGCAGCAGCCGCCUUCAAUAAAGAUGCUCUGUUGAACUGGAUCAAGGAAUGUAAUUCUGGUGAUGACUUGGAGCGAGCUAUUGAGGAAUUCACCUUGUCCUGUGCUGGCUACUGUGUAGCUACUUACGUGCUUGGAAUUGGUGACCGCCACAAUGACAACAUCAUGGUUCGGAAGACUGGGCAGCUUUUUCACAUUGAUUUUGGACACAUUCUGGGGAACUUCAAAUCCAAGUUUAAAAUUAAGAGGGAGCGCGGACCCUUUAUUCUUACAUAUGAUUUCAUUCACGUGAUCCAACAGGGAAAACCAGGGAACACAGAGAAAUUUGGAAGAUUCCGGCAAUGCUGUGAGGAAGCCUACUUAAUCCUGCGUAGGAAUGGGAACCUCAUCAUCACUCUGUUUGCACUUAUGCUGACUGCUGGACUCCCUGAGCUGAGUUCUGUUAAAGACAUCCAGUAUGUCAAGGACUGCCUUGCCCUCGGCAAGACAGAGGAAGACGCACUUAAGCAAUUCCGCCAGAAGUUUGAUGAGGCUCUAAAGGAAAGCUGGACAACCAAAGUAAACUGGAUGGCUCACACGAUGCGCAAGGAUUACAAGGCUUAGGGAUCUGGUCACCGUCUAGGCCUUCUACAUACAACCUUCUGUGGGGACAUGGUGUGUCUAAAUGCACUGGCUGAUAAGCAUAGAGUGUCAUUUGCUUAUCUCACAUGUGUACAUGCCACAGACGUAUCUCUUGUUGCCACUUUAAUUGCAUCGCUGUGUUCCAGGUGAAGAUGACUGUCUGUUAUGGACCAGGAGGAGAGGAACCCACACACACAAUAGCCACUGCUGUUUUGUUGCCUUUUGCGCGUUACCAAUGCUGUAUAUCACUGCAAUUGUUUGAAAUCAAAGGAAAGCACCUCUAUUCAAGCUGGCACCUCUCAAAGGCUCCAGUGUUGCACACGUUCUACUGUGAUACUUGACUUGAGCCUUCUAAUGAUAUUUAUUUUUUCUAUCUAUUUUUGUGCUUAUGAGGCAGAGCACAUGGAGUGGCUCUAAGCUCGGAAAGUGGUGGGAAGCAGGUUCAUCAAAUGUUUUUUUUUCUCUAUUGGCUGUCUUCCUGCAUACUCUGUAACCUUUUUAGCACUGCACUGCCCUAUACAAACUGUGAUGCCAUCUAUCAUUGCCCCACUGUGUCUUCCAGUUGCCACUUCAGUACCGGAGAGGGACUUUGCACUCUGUGGGACGUUGCUACUGUAUUGAGCUUAGAAGCACAGCACUUUGAAUGACAGUGAGUAGCUGUGUUGUAUAGAGAAUGUACUCUGCAAGUCUAUUGUUACUCAGUGUGGGUUUUUAUUUUUGUCCUGAAUUUAAAUACUAUGCCACCCACCUGGCAGCAGACCUCUGUCUCUUGCUGGAAGCAGUGGGGCCUAUUGUAUAGGCUGGGACAUUUUCACACUCAGCAAACAGUCGUUUGCCAUUUCUCAGUAUUUGUGUCACUAUGGGAAUUACUGAGCGACAGGGACUGAAACAUAGCCUGCCUGGGGCACGGAGACGGGUAUACAUUCCAUUUUGCUUCCUAGACUAGACUGUAAAGAUCUAUCGAUACUUGAGACAGCCGUGUGCAAUGCAGCAGACUGACCACCCUCAGCUGCAACUUAGACGGAUGGAUGCGUGCGCCUGUUUGUCUCUAUGGGACAGUUGAUUGCAGUGUGACUGAUCAGAAAAUCGAGUUUCCACAUAAAUAAAAAAACAAGGUAUGACUGAGAAGAAAGUGGUAUUUAUUCAAUGUGGUUUUUUAAAAGAAAAGGGUAAAUUAAUUUUUUUUAGCACUGCCACUGGAGCUGCAACAUUUCCUGUAUUUAUUAACAUUCUGGGCUAAUACGUCUAAAAAGGUUUUCCUUGGGACAUGUAUUGGGGCAAACAAUGUGCCCUUUUUUGCAGGUGUAUGUCCCCACAUUCUGCCUGACAUUCUGUUGUGCCCAUGUCUUACACUGGAUCUUGUCAAUAUGUAUAGGAGAACUGACUGAGCAGCUGUCUUAACAAGAAUGUAGCUGAACUAUUUUACACUGUAAAGAGGGAUAACAGGGCCUUUCUUAGACUCUGAAUAAACAGAUUCUGUGCAACUGCCAGUGUAAGAUUUGUUUCGGGGAGAUAACGACAGCGCCAUCUUCUGGACAAAGGUUCAGUUUUGUAUGAUUUCCGCUUUCCUCUUAAAAUGAAAAUUGCACAGCCUAGUGUGCUGUUACUUCUUGCAAAUUCACAACUUAGGAAAUAAAGUGGAGAUACUGUCAUAAUU